UGGAGAAGAUGAAAAAGUUGUUUUUGUUAGCUAACUUUAUUUCACCUGCCCCAGCUUUAGCAAUUUGUCUCUUAACAUUCAUCAUUUCCAUUGCCUUUCAAGUAAUUAAUUAUAAUUUUUAUGUCAUUUGUCAAAAUCCAACAAUUAACCCAUUUUUAAUCCCAUCUCAACCUCCACUCUCUACCUUCCAGAUUUCUAUUCAGAUAGUUUUCUGUUCUGCUAAAUCCAUUUUCUUUUCCCGAAAGAAAAGGAAAUGUCUGCUGCUGUAAAGAGUUUCUCAUCAUCCAAACAAGCAGUUGGCCUCAACAAUAAUGGAAUUGAAAUUGAAGAGCUAAAGAACAGAAUCAAUAACAUUGAGGUCACUAGUGAUAAAGAAGAUGAUGAGGAAGAGGUUUCUAAAGAUGAAUUGGACCUUGGCCCUCAACUUUCUCUCAAAGAGCAGCUUGAAAAAGACAAGGACGAUGAAAGCUUAAUGAGAUGGAAGGAACGGCUUCUCGGAAGUGUUGACAUAUCUGCUGUUGGAGAAAGCAAAGAACCACAAGUAAAGAUACUAAACCUAUCAUUGUCAAGCCCCGGGCGAGAAGAUGUUAUAUUGCCAAUUCCAUUCUCUACAGACUCCAUUGACAAUGCAAAGAAAAGUAUUUUCACUCUCAAGGAAGGAAGCAAAUAUCAUCUCAAGCUCUCUUUUAUCGUCUCCAACAACAUAGUGUCAGGCCUCAACUAUUCAAACACUGUUUGGAAGACUGGCAUCAAAGUGGACCAUACAAAAGUGAUGUUGGGAACUUUCAGUCCAAAGCAAGAGCCUUAUACCUAUGAAUUUGAAGAGGAAACUACCCCUUCUGGCAUUUUUGCUAGAGGCUCCUACUCUGCUAGAACUAAGAUUGUAGAUGAUGAUGGGAAAUGCUAUUUGGAUGUGAGCUACUAUUUCCAAAUCCAAAAGAAGUGGCCUUCACACGCUUGAAAAUUUAUUAUUUUCUUUUGCGCUGCCUUCUCAACCAAACCUAUGCGUGCCAACCUUUUAUUUCUUUUUAUUUUUUCUCUUAAAUUUUCUACUCACUUAAACAUUCUGAUCUUUCUUUCAUUUAAUAUUAUUCAAGUUUUAAUUUUUUUUUUAUUUGUGCAUUAUAUAUAUGUGCGUCCAAUGAUUUGUACAUUGACAAGUAUCUCUUAAUUUUC